UCAAGGUUGUAAUGUGGAACCCAUCAGAGUCGUUCUUAGGCAUCAACGUGCAGUGGGUUCAAUCAGUCCUGGCGUUCAAAAACAUGUGCUCUGCGUCGUGAGUAUUCAUUGAAACUGAGGAUUUAGAAUUCUCCUGAUGGUCCCAGAGUUGUUUUGUUAUUAAUUUCAACUUCAGAUUCACUUGAUUUCCCUCGUAUAUUUGUUUUUUGUCUCCCCUAUUGGCCGGGUGAUUUGAAACGUCUUCAUGCAUAAACAUGAGAACGUAUGCUGUGUUCUACAAGGGAUACCUCAAACUCUUGAUAGCUAGUUUGUGGAGCAUGAUUUGCCUGAUAUUCAGAAGGCACUUAAAAACAGCAUUAAAAUACCAAAGUGUGAAAUAUGAUAUUGUUCCUUUAUCUCCCUUAUCUAAGUACCGGUUGUGUACAUUAAGACGAAAAGUUAUGGUAUUAGAUUUGGAUGAGACACUGAUUCAUUCAGUGCACGAUGGGAUAAUGCGGCCAACGGUCAGACCAGGAACACCUCCAGAUUUCGUUCUCAAAGUUUUUAUUGACCAUCAUCCGGUUCGCUUCUCCGUUCAUAAACGACCGCAUGUUGAUUUUUUCCUCAAUGUGAUAAGCCAGUGGUACGAACUUGUAAUAUAUACAGCUAGUCUUGAAAUUUACGGAGCAGGAGUAACUGAGUUGCUCGACAAUGGACGCCAUAUUCUUCAGAGACGAUUUUACAGACAGCGUUACGUCCAUAAUUGCUUGUUCGGUAAUACAAUUAGUGUAAAAUUUAAAAUAAAUUCUAUUCUUCUUGAUAUCCAUCAAAAGAUGUGGGAUCAAGUCCUCUUUCAAGAUCUAUAAAUCGACAACAUUGUACAAAUAGAUAUAUAAGUUGCAAAUAUUGAUCUAUUUGGCGAAUUAUUCCUCAGUGGAGGAUCUAUACUUCUAUCCUAUAAAUACUCAGUCCUAAAGAUUAUUAGGAUCGAUCCCAUAUGAUCUCUAGGAUAGUAUCCCUCAUUUCAAACUCUGAAGAGUUUGCGUGAAGUGUGAUCACAUGUGGAGUUGAAAUCAGCCAAGUACCAUCAUUCUCCUACAAUAUCGCUUAUAUUCUACAUGUAUGUUAGAUUAAAUUGUUAUCAUGUAGUAUUCCUGAUUUCCAUUUUUCUUAAGAUGAUCAUUCGUGCUAAUCACCAACCCAAUCAACAAAACCACUUUUUUGUCUUAGACUUUCCCAUCCCACAGUAGUCGAUUACAAAACAAGAUUAUAAUGGGUUACAAUCGUCUUGUAUUUAUUGUCCAGUCACCUCGUUUUUGAACAAAGAACUCUAAAAAACAGUUGAAGGAGAACAACCAACGACAUAGCCUUAUGUUACCAACUAGGAAUGUUUAGAGCAUUGGAAUGCUGGGUUUAAGUUUAAAUAGUUAUAAUCUAAAUGAAAGUAACAACCUUGGAGAGUAUGAGUUAUCUAAUUUUGUGUGAAUCUGGUAGGCACGUUAUGAUUAUGUUAUGUCUAUGUUACCUUUUUAUCCAUCUCAGAUAAGUUAAUUGGUGUGUGUUUACUUGACCUGUACUCAGCCAGUAUAAACGUUUUAACAUAAAUUAACCACCCUAACAUAAUACCUUUCUUUCGUAGUCCAUUCUAUACGAUAUCUGUGGACUUAUUGUCUUCAGUUAUGUUUAAUGAGAAAUAAACAUAAAAAGGUAGCAGUUAAAUAGAAAACAACCAGUUUGCUGUACUUACGAGUUCUCAGGUCAUUUGUGAAUCUAAAUUGCUGAUAAUAAAUGUCUAUAUUUCUCAUAGAGGUUUUCUGCACUGUAGAACAAUGUAAUGAAAACCCAAUGUUACUAGGAAAACCAGAGCUUCUACGUGUCAUUUUACCAUUAAAUGAAAUUAAACCAACCGUUCAAGAAUUGUCUACGUUCGAUACAUAAAAAGUUUACAAUAAGCAUUUUAGACUUCAAUUAAGACAAAAAAUGUAAUAUUUCUGGUCAUCCGGUUUCAUAAGUUACUCUAGGAUCAUAUGUCUAUCUUUAAGAUAGAUGUAAGACUGAAAGCCAUAAUGUUUCGGUGUUAAUAAAUGUAAAUCGUUUGCUAACUUUAGUGGUUUAGUGAUUUGGACCUUAGCACGUUUAUGCCAGGUCCUCGGUUGAUUAUAACUAAUUGAAUCUCUCAUUUCUAUGUUGUUGAAUGUCUUGGUGCCUUAAGGAAGCGCUUAUUUGGUGUUUUUUUGUUUAUCUACUGUUUUAGCAUUGUACAUAUGAUAAUGGCAGCUAUUCAAAGAAUCUUUCCCUAAUUACCUCUGAUAUGGCUUCUGUAUUCAUAUUAGACAAUUCUCCAGGGGCCUAUCGAUCAUAUCCUGAUAAUGCUAUUCCGAUUCGGUCGUGGUUUUCCGAUUCACGUGAUACAGCCCUUCUAUGUUUGCUACCAGUACUGGAUGCUCUUAGGUUUGUGAGCGAUGUACGUUCAGUACUAAGUCGUAAUUUACACAGGCCCCAAUCCAUACUACCUUAACACUAAUACAUACAUACAUGUUCUUUUGUCCAAAUACCUGAUUACCUUUUUGUUUGACCAGAUUUUUUAGGUUCUAAUUAUUAUUAAUACUUAGUUGUAUAUUCGACUUCACAACUCUCAUUUCAGUUAAACCUUUCUAGUGCGUUAAUCUUUAUACUUAGAAUUUUAUCAGACUAUAUAAUGUGUACAUGUUUUCUAAUUUCAUUAGGGUUCCCUAUCUAAUGGACUCAGUACUGUGUUUUGGAUUAUUAUUCUCAAUAUCUUUCUGUGUUUACUACGUUUUUAUUCAUGUUUUAAAGCUUUAUAAUCUUUUUGUCUCCAGUCCACUGUAUUGUCUGCACAGCCCUACUCUAUUUUGCAUCUGUUGUUUGAUUCCAGUUAAUGAAUAACUUUAGGGAGGUGUUGUGCAAAUUAGUAUGUAUAAUCUACUUUUUCUGUGUAUGCCUCAGUUAAUAUGAAAUAGGUACAAUUGAUUUACUAAUACACUACUAGAAUAACAUAUUCUAUUGUCCUUGUGAGCUAAAAUUGUAUUAUAUUUUGAAUACUUUGUUUCUUAUACUUUUCAGUAUUAUACCUGUUGUUAUUUUAAGAAUUCCCUUCAUGUCUGAUUCCAGUCUCUCUAUUUUCUCCUUUUUCUUCUAAUGAUAAAUACAGUUAUUUAAACUUAAUUAUUACCUCAAUUCUUGUGUGUGUAAAUAAUAAAUAUACAAUUUAUUUCUUACUGUAAA